AUGUGCUGGGAAAACCGCCUCCAAUUCUCCUGCGGCUGCGAAGUAGUCCAACACGUCCGCUUCUGCGAGUGGGCCGCCAUGCCGUGGCUCACCAACGUCGCUCACCCGAAAGGUCGACCCAUGCAGCCUACUAUUGAUAUCUUGCCUGUUGGGGGGGAGUGUGGGGUUUGUAGGGGGGGAAAGGGGGAGGGGAAGGAGAAGAGAGGGGUAAAGGGAAAAGGAAAGGGAAAGGAGAUGGGUGGAAAGGGAGAGGGGAAGAUGAUGAAGAAGAAGAAAGUUAGGGUUGGAUUGCUGGGUAGGGCUGGAAGGGCUGGGAGGGUUGGGUUUGGAAUUGGGGUCGGAAAGGAGGGCGAGGAGAAUGGUGAGGAUGGGAAUGGAGAUGGAGAGGGGGGAGAAAAGGAGGGGGACGGGGAUGAGGAGCUGGAUGGUGAGGGAGAGGAAGUCGAUGAGGAUGAGUUGCGGGGUAUUAUUGGAGAUAGGUAUCCGUUGGGGGAGUAUAGGGUUUUUUCUGGCAUGUUUAGAAAUUUGAGUACGCGUAUUGAUGCCAGUGGUGGUGUAGCUGCUGGAACUUCUUCUGUUGGUGGUUUUGGUGCUGCAUCUCCGUCUGCGUCUGCUGUUGUUCGCAGUUCUCUUGUUCCUGUUCCUGAGGAGGAUGCAGAGGAUGCGGAUGAUGAUGAGGGCGAGAAUGAGCAUGAACACGUGCAUGGGAAUCAUGAGGAAGGUGGUGCUGAGAUCUCUUAA